UUUCAUGUUCGCAUAAACUAUGUAGCAGUUAAACGAACGAGUUGGUGAAUGUCAACUACGAAAAUGAGACAUUUUCGAUUCGUUUCACGAACUGUUUUUGUGAAAAAUAAUAAUAUUGAAAAGGGUCUACAGGUCAUAAAUAGGAUGAUGAGAGAUGGAUCGAUUACAGCAGCAAUUAGAAAGAAUAGGGAAUAUAUGAAACCAUGCGAGGAGCGAAGUUUGGUUGACCGGAUGCGAGCAAAGAGAAUAUAUGGUGAAGGCAUGUCCAAGAAAGUUGACUUUUUAAUGCGAAAAAGCCGGACAAAUCCCCACCCAAGAUAGAAAAAGAUAUGAUGUGUGGUUGUUUUAAUCAGAAGACUAGAGUUUAAUAUUGAAAUUUGCGAGUGAUGUUUGACAGAAUGCAAUGAAAAGAGGAUUUUCAGCACAUAAAAAUAUCAUUCUUCUUAGUACGUCAAAUACAGCGAGCAUUUUGAUAAGCUAAAACAGAAUUGUAUUAGCUAAAGUGGUUUUGUUUUUUCAGUAUGAUUUCAGUUUCAUUCCCUCUAUUUUCAAAAUGUACUUUUAACUUAUCGAUUAUUGGUUAUUAUAAAUUCAGUUUCAUUCCCUCUAUUUUCAAAAUGUACUUUUAACUUAUCGAAUAUAACAAAUUACUUUUACAAUGAGUCAUAUUUGAUUUUGUCUGACAUUUUGUUAUGGACAUGUUUUUCUGUACUGGUAGAUGGAAUAGAGUGUUGCUUUAUAACAUGGAACAGAAUAAAACGAAAAA